UACAAGUAAAGAAAAUAUUUCAACUCAAUCUUAAAUUUCUUGGCAACCAAACACAAGCUUCACUUUCCCUCCUUAAACAAAGUUUAUGCUUGCCCUUCUUUAAGUUAUAUGUUCUACUACAGAAUGAACCCUCAGCUUCUCCAUUACAGCAUUGCUUUAUAAGCAAAAACAGUCAGAACUCAAAUGAUUCUUUGCUUUGAUACUAUGUUUGGUGAGUAUAACUUGUUUGCUUCCACCUUCAGUUUCAGAUUUCUUGCUUCUUGGGUGGCUUGUCAGGCCAGAAAAGCAGCAAAAUAAAGAAAACAAAAAGCAGAAUGAAGCUACUAGUACUAGUAGAAGUAGCUUUCCAAAACCUGUCACCAAUCCAUUCAUCAGGUUUCAAAAACCUAUCAUUCACAUCCUAAACCAAUCUUUUUUAGCCGAAUCAAAGUAAAUUUCUGAAGUGUUUUGCUCACAAUGCGGUCUGCGAAUCAACCAAGCCAUCGUGAUGAUCAAGAUGACUACUCCUUGAAGGACACAAAUCCGCAGCUCGGGGAGCGGUGGCCUGCGGGUGGAGUGUAUGGAGGAAGAGGAUGGAUGAAUAGUGAGCGAUAUGCAAGCACUUAUGACCUUGUCGAGCAAAUGUCGUAUCUAUUUGUCCGAGUGGUCAAGGCCAAAGACCUUCCUCCAAGCUCAAUUACUGGAAGUUGUGAUCCUUAUGUAGAACUAAAGCUUGGGAACUACAAAGGAAGAACAAAGCAUUUUGAGAGGAAAAUGAAUCCGGAGUGGAACCAAGUCUUCGCUUUCUCAAAAGAGCGGAUUCAGUCAUCGGUUUUGGAAAUCUUUGUCAAAGACAGAGAUAUGGUGGGCAGAGAUGAUUACCUUGGAAGGGUAGUUUUUGAUUUGAAUGAGGUUCCGAGUAGAGUUCCACCUGACAGCCCACUGGCACCUCAGUGGUAUAGGCUUGAGGAUCGACGCGGAGAAGGGAAGGUGAGGGGAGAUAUAAUGCUUGCAGUUUGGAUGGGAACACAAGCUGAUGAGGCCUUUCCAGAAGCAUGGCAUGCAGAUGCUUCUGCAGUAUAUGGAGAGGGACUUGUUAGCAUCAGGUCAAAAGUUUAUGUAUCGCCAAAAUUGUGGUACCUGAGGAUUAAUGUGAUUGAAUCUCAGGAUAUAGUUCCGAGUGAUAGGAGCCGUAUCCCAGAAGUAUUUGUUAAAGUUCAGGUUGGGAAUCAAAUUCUGAAGACUAAGGCGAACCCCGUUCAAACAGGUCAUCCGAUUUGGAAUGAAGACUUGGUGUUUGUUGUAGCUGAGCCUUUUGAGGAGCAGCUUCUGCUCACGGUUGAGGAUCGAGUUCACCCUUCGAGAGAUGAUGUGUUGGGAAAGAUAAGCUUACCACUCGACUCAUUUGAGAAAAGGCUAGAUCAUCGUCCGGUUCAUUCUAGAUGGUUCAAUCUUGAGAAGUUUAGUUUUGGUGUCUUGGAAGCUGAUAGAAGGAAACUAGAGCUGAAAUUUUCGAGCAGGAUUCACCUGAGAGCUUGUCUUGAAGGUGGAUAUCAUGUCCUGGAUGAAUCAACAAUGUACCUCAGCGAUCAACGGCCAACAGCCAGGCAGCUUUGGAAGCAACCGGUUGGGAUAUUGGAAGUAGGCAUCUUGGGUGCACAAGGUCUACUUCCAAUGAAGAUCAAGGAUGGUAGAGGUAGUACUGAUGCUUAUUGUGUAGCUAAGUAUGGUCAGAAAUGGGUUCGAACGCGAACAAUUCUCGACACUUUGAACCCGAAAUGGAAUGAGCAAUAUACUUGGGAAGUCUAUGACCCCUGCACAGUCAUAACAUUGGGAGUUUUUGACAAUUGCCAUUUAGGAGGUGGUGAGAAACCAAAUGCUCCAAAUGCAGCAAGAGAUUCGCGAAUCGGAAAAGUUAGAAUCCGCCUCUCAACCUUGGAAGCUUUCCGAAUUUAUACAAAUUCUUAUCCACUACUUGUUCUGCACCCAGCUGGAGUGAAGAAAAUGGGUGAACUUCAACUAGCGGUUCGAUUCACUACUCUUUCUCUUGCUAACAUGAUAUAUGUGUAUGGGCAUCCUUUGCUUCCUAAAAUGCAUUAUUUGCAUCCAUUUACAGUGAAUCAAGUAGAUAGCUUAAGAUACCAGGCCAUGAGCAUUGUAGCAAUGAGGCUUGGACGAGCGGAACCUCCAUUGAGAAAAGAAGUUGUAGAAUACAUGUUAGAUGUGGAUUCCCACAUAUGGAGCAUGAGAAGAAGCAAAGCUAACUUCUUCAGAAUCAUGUCUCUUUUUUCGGGUAUUUUCUCAAUGAGCCGAUGGUUUGGUGAUAUUUGCCAAUGGAGGAAUCCGGUCACUUCAAUCCUAGUUCAUGUUCUGUUUCUGAUACUAAUUUGGUAUCCAGAGUUGGUACUUCCAACUCUAUUUCUCUACAUGUUUCUUAUUGGAUUAUGGAACUAUAGAUUCCGGCCAAGGCAUCCACCUCAUAUGGAUACAAAGCUAUCGUGGGCAGAAGCAGUGCACCCAGAUGAACUCGAUGAAGAAUUCGACACAUUUCCAACUUCAAAAUCUCACGAUUUAGUUCGGAUGAGGUAUGACAGGCUUAGAAGUGUUGCAGGAAGGAUUCAAACAGUAGUAGGCGACAUUGCAACUCAAGGGGAGAGAUUGGGGUCGGUGCUCAGCUGGAGAGACACGAGGGCAACGAGUCUUUUUGUUCUGUUCUGUCUUUGUGCAGCUGUAGUGCUUUACGUAACACCAUUCAGAGUGGUGGCUUUAGUUGCUGGUUUGUAUUAUUUACGGCAUCCUAGGUUUCGAAGUAAGCUGCCUUCUGUGCCAAGUAAUUUCUUCAAGAGAUUGCCUGCUAGAACAGACAGCUUAUUAUAAGUAGUUGCUUCUAAGUUGUGUAUCAGUUUUUUUUCUGAUGAAAUGUGUAGUUUUCAGUUUCUCAUAACAUGUUUCUUUUUCAAGUUGAAAUAAAAAUUGAUUGGAGAUUUUCUAAUUUA